AUGUCAAAUGGCAUAAAGUCUUGUGAACCACAUGAAGAUGAAUAUGUUGAGGAAGGCAUUACUUGCACUGAACGUUUGAUCAGUCCAUUAAUUGAUUCACGUUAUGGUUGCACAUAUCAAGAAUGUCGAGUUAAUUUAUUUGAAACAUGUUUACCAAAUAAAAAUCAUGAACAUCAUCGUGUUGAGCAUCUUAUACCUAAAACAAAAACAAUUUAUUAG